AUGGCGGCUUCCGUGACGGAAUCACCGGGUGAAGAUCUGGAGGAUUUCUCUCCAAGAUCUCGACAGCAUGGCGACCGCAAGUUCUACAAUAUACCGGAGCAGCUCGAUGAACACAGUGCCCAUGACCGGAAAUCAAAUAAAAAACGUGACGAUGUUAAAUUCUUCCAGUAUAUCGACGAAAGUGUGAUCGGCAGAGAAACCACGUUUUCUGGACCGUACGGAAGACGCAAAGUGAUAUACUGUGAUUAUAUAGCAUCAGGCAGGUCAUUAAAGUUUAUUGAAGAUUAUAUCAACAGUCAAGUGCUUCCUGUGUAUGGUAAUACUCACACAACAACAACAGUGACAUCACUCCAAACAACGCUGUACCGGCAUGAGGCAAGGGACAUCGUCCGCAAUGCAGUCAAUGCCAGUGAACAUGAUGCAGUUAUAUUUGUUGGAAGUGGAUGUACUGCAGCCAUACAUAAAUUAAUAAAUGCUCUUGAUUUGCAACAACCACCGGUUGUGUUUAUUGGUCCAUAUGAACACCAUUCUAAUAUUUUGCCUUGGAGAGAACUGGGUGCUGAGGUUAUACGCAUAAGUGAAACAUCUAAUGGAAUAGUUGAUAUGAAAUGCCUUGAGGAGAAUUUAAAGAAAUGGAAUGAUUCAAGCAGACAGUUGAUUGGUUGCUUUGCUGCUGCUUCCAACAUAACAGGCAUCUUAUCAGACACCAUUGCAAUAACCAUAUGUCUACACAAGUAUGGAGCGUUAGCAUUCUGGGAUUAUGCAACAGCAGGUCCAUACGUCAACAUUGAUAUGAAUCCUGUCGCAAUAAGCUGUGACCAGUCCCUUGUUUAUAAGGAUGCAAUAUUUCUCUCUCCGCAUAAGUUUGUUGGUGGUGUUCAAACGCCAGGUAUUCUUAUUGCAAAGAAGAAUUUAUUUAAGAAUUCUGUGCCAUCAGGUGGGGGUGGAGGUGCUGUGUUUUUUGUAACCAGGGAAACACAUCGUUAUCUUCAACAAGUUGAAAUGAGGGAAGAAGGAGGAACUCCUGAUAUAGUUGGAUCCAUCAGAGCAGGUCUAGUGUUUCAACUCAAAGAGGCUGUUGGAGCUGACGUUAUAAUGAAAAGAGAGAGUAUACUGUGUAGGAAAGCACUUGACUCUUGGAAAACCGCCUCCAACUUGAUUAUUCUUGGUAAUGUUGAUGUGCCUCGAUUACCUGUCUUCUCUUUUCUAAUCCGCCACCCUACAACAGGGCAAUAUUUACAUCAUAAUUUCAUCUGUGCCAUACUUAAUGAUGUCUUCGGAGUCCAGGCAAGAGGUGGAUGUGCAUGUGCUGGUCCUUAUGCACAGGACUUACUUGGGAUUGAUGAGGAUUUAUCAUUGAAAAUUGAAGCUCUGUUAUUAGAGAACAGCCGUCUGGAUCGUAUUCACUUACGAAGAUAUCAUGAAUAUUCAGAGAGAGAAAUCCUGAGGCCUGGGUUUGCCCGUCUGAACUUACCUUACUUCAUGUCAGAUGAAUGUGUAGACUUCAUUAUCAAAGCUGUUGCCAUGGUUGCAGAACAUGGCUGGAAGCUUCUACCACAGUAUAUGUUCAAUCCUGAAACUGGAGAAUGGAAAAAUAGAGGCCACCAAGUCUUUCAAGACAGGAGAUGGCUUGGUCAUAUAACCUACAGUGAGGGACGAAUGCAAUAUUCAGAUUCAAUGCAAUUUAAAGAAAAGGGAAGGCUACCAAACAGCUGUGAGGAGUGUCUGAUAUUUGCGAAUGAUAUAUUUGUCAAAGCUAUAAAGGUUAAAGUUCAGCUUCCAGAUCAGUGUCUUUUAUUCGAUCAAGAAGCUACAAAACUGAGAUGGUUCAUGCUGCCAAGUGAAGCCUUAGCUAUUCUCAAGAUUAAAGAUUCAUGUUUUGAUGAGAAACAUGUUCCGUUUCAUCCUCCUUCACAGCAGCAGCAACAGACGCAGAGUCCUGAAACAGACAUGAACAUUCAUGAUCAGGAUGAAUUCAGCAGAAGGAGAAAUUGUGAUAUAGUUUAUGCAAACACAGACAUAUUUGCUGCAUCAGUUGAGGAUGGUUUUACAGCGUUUGGUGAUAGGCAUAAACCUGGAGAUGUGAAAGGACGCAUAACUUCCCAGGGUCUGACAAACAUCAGGGAUAACCAAAUUGAUUCUCAAGCUAGCAUCUCUAACAUUCUAGAUCAUCUUCCAGUCCCAGCAAAUCUUAUUUCAGCAGACACUGAAACAGAUGGCUUGACCACAUCUUCUUCUAGUUCAUAUGAGCCACAGUUAUCUGAGAGAGCCAAUAGAAUAGACAAUAAGCAUGAUGAAGUUGUAAAUGAUGGUAAAACUGGAAAUACCCAAUCAAUGAUCAAUGCAGAUAUAAGUACUUUACAGGAAGAAGAAAUUGCUUUAAGUUUACCUUCCAGUGAAUUAAUUACAUGUACAUUGCCAGAUAAAACGACUGUUGUGAAACAGGAACAAAAAAUGUCAGUGGCUAUUCAGCAUCCAUGCAAGACAGAGACAAAAAAGGCAGAAGGUAAAAAAUCCAAGAUUGAUCCAUCCAAGCCAAGAUUCCAUGCACCACCAAAGAAUUUAUUUAAACCUGCUGUACAGGCACUAGAAGAAUACAACAUGAUAGAAAAUGGAGAUAAAGUACUGGUGUGUCUGUCGGGAGGGAAAGAUAGUUUAUCACUACUACAUACGCUGCGUCAAUAUCAAUUUUAUGCUAGCAAGAAGGGUAUAGAUUACAGUUUAGGAGCUGUGACUGUUGAUCCCCAGACUCCUUCCUUUGAUCCUAGUCCACUGAAAGACUAUCUCAAAGCCUUAAAUGUGCCAUACUUCUAUGAAGAACAAGGAAUUAUUGAACAAGCCAAACAGUUAGCAGUCUGUGAAUCGAUUUGUAGUUUUUGUUCUCGUAUGAAGCGUGGGCGAAUAUAUGCCUGUGCACGAAGGGAAGGCUACAAUGUACUUGCAAUGGGACAACAUCUUGAUGAUUUGACUGAAAGUUUCUUGAUGUCAGCAUUUCACAAUGGCUUGUUGAGAACUAUGAAAGCUAAUUAUAGCGUCAAAGAAGGUGAUUUGAGAGUAAUCAGACCAUUAGUUUAUGUACGGGAAACAGAUACUAGGUCUUUUGCUGAGCAGGUAAAAUUGCCAGUGAUAGCAGAAAAUUGUCCUGCUUGUUUUGAAGCACCAAAGGAGCGGCACCGGACGAAACAACUUCUAGCAGCCCAAGAGCUGUUAUUUCCCGAUCUGUACCAGAGUUUGCUUACAGCAAUGAAACCCUUAAUGUCAAAGAAUAGAACUGGGAUGGAAUCGGGGCAGAAUAAAUUGAAAACCUUGGGAAAUAGUGAUAGUGAAGUAUGA